GGUUGUUCACUCGUCGGUAACCCUAGGAAAAUGUCCCACUCAGUAAUUCGGAUCAUCGCUGCUGCUCUAGCGUUCUGGGCGGCCCUCACGUCUGCUCAAGAUCUCUACUGCACCUCGCCGUCGAAGUUCUACAUUUCCAGAGUUAUUCACAAUUGGAUAGGUGCCGCUGAAUACUGUCACCUGCUGGGGAUGCGAAUGGCCGUGAUCGACACCGAGGCCAAACAGAACGAAGUGGUCCGACUGGUGGAACAUUCGCUGAUCUUCAACGUCACUAAGACGGAUCUAUGGAUUGGUGCAAGCGAUCUGGCAGAGGAAGGCACCUUUGUUUGGCUUGAAACCGGCAUAGAGAUAAGUAAAGGAUACACCAACUGGGCCCGAACGCAGCCGGAUAACCUGGGCAGCGUUGAGCACUGCCUUCAUAUGUGGUACGAGCCGGCCAAGAAUUUGACCUGGCAUUGGAAUGACUGGGACUGCGAGCGGAAACUGGUGGUGGUCUGUGAGAAUGUACAGGAAGCGGCUUGGUACCACAAGUGAAUAAAGUUGUGAUUGUAGAUGGCUGGUGGAAGAUAUUUUAUUUUGAAAA